CCGCGCCAUCCACGCUCCAGAUUUCUUCAGAUUGACACGACAAUGACGAUGGUGGUGGUGUCUUCCACACGACGACACCCACCGGCUGGUGGUGGUGUUGCUGUUGCUGUGGUGAUGGCGAUGGCGAUGGUGGUGGCGUGCUUUGUGCUGAAUUCCCAGCCCGUGCUUGGAUCGUGCGUGUCGAGGCCAUCCCAUUUCGUACCUGACCGUUUGGAUGCAAUGGGUACCGCGAGGCACUGCUACAACACAUCCUCGGACACGUCGUCGUGUUUCCUGCGCUGCGCCUGUGAUGGCGAGGACGUCGACCCAAGCGCAGUGCAUCUCACUUGCUCGCCCACAGGGUCUUCGGCUGACGACGUUCCAGGGUUUGUGUACUGGAACAUUUCGGUUCAUGACGCGCACGUGAACUUCACGUUUUCGAGCAAAGGCAAGGCGGCACCAUCGCCGUCAUCAGGGAGCACGGCGUCGUUUGCCUCCAGCGGCGUCAUCGCAACCACAUCCACACCCUCGGAGCUGGAAUUGGAAGCCGAGUACGACCCGCAUCUCGGGGCAAGCAUGCAGACGAACAUGUUCUGGACGCCAUGUCGCUCCAUGAACGCCGUGUCCGCUUCACGGCGCAUUGCGGACGACAGGGCGCACGUGACUGUGGGCUGGUCCAGACCAGACACCACGUCAGACCUCCUUGACCACAUGGUGUACGAUAUCGCUGUGCGCAACACGACGCACGCGGCGUUUGAGACGGUGGUGUCCGGUAUUGCCGGGCGGCACGAGCUGGCUGCAUUUCAGCUGCCGCUCGGCUGCGAGCAGUACGCGGUGCGCGUGAGGUCGCGGUUUGUUGCGUCAAACGGAACAACGCUUGCGUCAUGCGCAUCGCCAUAUUCCAUCACGACGGUGGCGCCGGCCGCAACGCCGUCUGCGCCGGGCACGGCAUCGGUGGAUAUGGUGCAUCUCACCAGCACCUCGGCGGCGUUCACGUGGGGGCCCACAUCGCACGAUGGCGGGUGUGGGGAGGUCACAUAUCGGGUGGUGGUGCUGGAUCAGAUGACAUCACAGGUGAUGGGGUCUGCGUCCGCCAAGGGAAUGCACAACACACACACCACCGUCACAUUCGCUCCCCCGCUCAAGUCACGCGCCCACUACAUUGUUGAAGUGCGCGCGACCACCCCCAUUGGAUCAUCGCCGGGGACACAAAGCGUGUUCACCGCACCCGCGCACACGAGCACACGCACACGCACAGGACGCAUCGUGGGCUCUGUUGUGGGCAGCGUGGUAGCUGUGGCAAUUGUCAUCACCAUCUUUCUUCUCCAGAGAAGAAACAGGAAACGAGUGGCAUAUGAGCGCAUUUAGGCGGCGACCCACAACGCAUCUUAAGCAACACCACACCAGAGACCCCCGUGUGUUUCCUUUUGCUUCCCAUAGACAAAAACAUGCGUGCGUGCGUGCGUGAUUCUGCAAGCCACUCGCGCGAACGCAUGCAAGCAAGCAGACGCGACUGUACAUACAUGUGGUUUCGGUUCAUUUCCCAUCACUGUGAGCUGAUGCAAAACCAGCUGGCGUGUGUUUGUGUGUUUGUUUGUUUGUGUGUGUGUUUGUUUGUAUGUGUGUGUGUGUGAGUUUGUUGUUUGUUUGUCGUUUUUUUCUUAUCCUGCCUGUUCUGCGGUCUUGCGUGUGAGAUGCGGUUUCGUUUGUCGCGUUGGUUGUUUAAUGCCAUUUCCUGUCGAUGGUUGCGAGUAGAGAUGACAGUGGCAGCGUCGUUGCUUCCAACUCAUAACGAACAGUGACUUCUUCUUCAAAUGAAUACUCAACCCCCUUCC